AUGACUUCAUUAUUAAAUGAUAAUGAUGAAAAUGAAGUACCAUUUGAUGAUGAUGAAUAUGAAUAUGCUGGUGAUGAUGAUGAUGAAGAUGUUGAUGAUAUAAAUAAUGCCCAAGUUGAAAUGUUUGAUUAUGAUGAAGAUGAAGAUAGUGAUGAUGAAGAACAAAUUGUUCAAAAUAAUAGUGCACAACAAGAUAAAAGUCGUGCUUCAUAUACAGAUGAAAUGAAUUUAAUUGAUUAUGUUAUUGAAGAAGAAAAAGAAAUUGGUGGUGCUAAAGGUGAAGAUAGUAAUUCAACAAGUCGUUCAACAACUUAUUCAAGUUUAAUAGGUAAUGAUGAUGAAGAAAAUGAUGAAAAAAUAUUAUCAAAUCAAAUGAUAACAAAUGAAAAACAAAAAAUUUCUACAAAAGAAGAAGGUCAAAUGAUUCGUGCACGAGCUUUUCUUAAUCGACUUGAUGGUAAAAUUCAAGAAAAAGAUGAUAUUGUCAAACAAAUUAGAGAAUCUGUUUAUUUAACAAAAGAUAAAAUAGGUAAAUUGGAACAAAAUAAAAAUCGAUUAGAAAAAGAUAUUGAUCAAGCACAAGAUCAACAAAAUAUUACCACCAUUAAUCGACUUAAUAGUGAAUUAAAUCGUCUCGUACGUGAAUUAGCUCUCGAACAUGAUGUUCUCGUUGAAUUUCAAAGUAAACUUGAUGCUGCUGAAAUGGAUCGUACAAAAGCUAUUAUUCAACGAGCACAUUAUAAUGGUGAAGAAAAUGUACUCAAAGAAAAAGAAUCACGUUUAAUUGAACAAAAACGUACAGUAGCACAAUUACGUCAACAUCAAGAAGAUUGGAAAGUUGCUCAAAUGAAACGAGCACAUUUAUCUGCAUUACAUACACAAAAACAAGCUCUUGAACAACAAGCAGCUGCACAACGAUCUGCUAUUGAUGAAGCUCGUCGAAGUAAAAAACUUGCACAUAAAUAUUUACAACAAACAUUUGAAAAAAUUCGAACUGAAAAACGUAAUGAAGAAGAAGCAAGUCGUGCUGAAACAGAACGAAAAAUUAAAAGUUUACUAAAUUUACGUAAUGCUAUUGAAAGAAAUAAAGAUACAUUAACAAUUCAAGUAGCUCAAAAACGAGCACAAGAACGUGAUUUAUAUGAUGCACAAAAACGUGAACAACAAUCAAUUGAUAAUGAAGGACAAAAUGGUUUAUUUUAUAUGUUACGUAAACAAAAAAAUGAAAAAUUAGAACAAAUGCAAAAACGUUUUUCUGAACAACAAGAUUUAAAUCGUUUAGUUAUUGUUGAUAAAAUUCUUAAAGAAGAAAAUGAAAAAGAAAGAAAACGUAAACUUUAUCCAGAAUUAUAUAAAACAGUAACAACAAAUAAAUCAUUAAAUAUUGUACCUUCAACAAUAAAACAACAACAACAAGAAGUACCUGAAAUUAAUCAGUAG